AUAUCGGAACAAAGAGCUUAUCGGUCCAUUUUACUGAAAAAGAAACGCAGCUGAAUGACUCUUUUGUUGUGCGAGUCCGUGAAGCAGGAGCAGGCAACCACGUCAUCGAGCCUGCCCCUUCUCAAUUUAAUGGUUUUGAGAUCGAGGCUCUUGGCAAAGGCCAUUAGUCGAACCAGCACAUAUCAUCGUCUAAUGUCCUGCAGUGCAAAUAUCUUGGGGAAGGUUGAGAGAAUGGUUGACAACGAUGAGAAGAAAAUUACCCGUGUUCUGUUUUGUGGGCCACAUUUUCCUGCUUCUCAUACCUACACAAGAGAAUAUUUGAAGGAGUACCCCUUUGUCCAGGUAGAUGAUGUUCCCCUUGAUGACGUGGCUGGUGUUAUCCAAAAUUAUAAUAUCUGUAUAGUGAAAACCAUGAAGUUCGAUUCAAUUCUUCUCUCUCAUGCAGAAAAGAUGAAGCUUAUAAUGCAGUAUGGUGUUGGCCUGGAAGGGGUUGACAUUGAUUCUGCAACUGAGUUUGGAAUCAAAGUCGCUAGGAUUCCGAGUCAUGUAACUGGAAACGCAGCAUCAUGUGCAGAAAUGGCGAUUUAUCUGAUGCUGGGCCUUUUACGAAAGCAAAAUGAGAUGCAAAUUGCUAUAAAGCAGAGAAAGGUUGGAGACCCAAUUGGUGACAUGCUACUUGGAAAAACAGUCUUCAUUCUAGGUUUUGGAAAUAUUGGAAUCGACCUGGCAAAGCGCUUGAGACCGUUUGGUGUGAAAAUUAUUGCCACGAAACGGAGUUGGGCCACACAUUCACUAGUUUCUUGUCUAUCAAAUGUUCAAAAUGGUCCCGUCAAUGAUUUUGUUGAUGAGAAGGGCGGCCAUGAAGAUAUCCACAAGUUUGCAAGCAAAGCGGACAUUGUUGUUUGUUGCUUGUGUUUAAACAGUGACACUGUUGGCGUCGUAAACAAGCCAUUUAUAUCUUCUAUGAGAAAGGGUUCCCUUUUGGUAAAUAUUGCCCGAGGGGGUCUCCUGGACUAUGAAGCUGUUUCGUAUUACUUAGAGUCUGGCCACUUAGGUGGUUUAGGGAUUGAUGUUGCUUGGACAGAGCCUUUUGAUCCUGAUGAUCCAAUUUUGAAGUUCAGCAAUGUUCUCAUCACACCUCAUGUGGCAGGAGUUACUGAGUAUUCUUACAGAUCCAUGUCCAAGGUCGUUGGUGAUGUCGCCAUUCAACUCCAUGAAGGGAGGCCCUUGACUGGAAUUGAGUUUGUCAACUGAAUGAUUGUUACAGUGCUUUAUAUAAUUUAUGUUGGCGUAUAUAUAAUUGUCAUAGGAAGAACAAAUUGGAGUGAUGUUGUCCCGUGUUCUCCGUUAUUAUGUUAUGCAGUUGGAAUCUGUGUAGGAUGAAUAAAAAUGGAACUUCGUUGACAUUGUUCUUUCCCUGGAAACAUCCCUUUAACGUUGUCAAUGCUCUUUCAUGAUGACAAUUUAUCUUGA